GGGGAAGCAAAUGCAAAUGGCUUGCUAGCACGGCAAGAAGAUACUACGCAUUGAUUGCAGUAGUGCAUUUGCAUACGAGUUGGUAAGCGUCUUCAGAAAUAUGCAGCUAUGCCGGAAGGCGGCACACGUGUAUUUGCGCAAACGCAAGUUUGAUCGCUUCAGGAAGGCAGAACCACUCGUGCUUAAAACAGUGUUGUGUUAACACGUCAGUCCACUUUGAUUUGCAUUAUUUAUUUGCCUCUCCCGUUGCUUGAAACAAAUUGAAGAGCUACCACCCCGGAGGGAGCAACGCGUACGUUACUUUCGCGAGUUCCUCCCGUCCUAGCUCCAUUGUGAUGUAUAAACCCGCAUAUAAGGGGGAGAAAAAAAAAAAAAAAAAAACGGCCUUUUUUUUUCGCAAAAAUAUAGUGACACCCAUUUUGCGCUUAAGUGCCCCUCCCCUUUGUCGUGACUUCCCUAGACACAGUUGCCGCACCCACCAUGUCAAUAAAACUAAGAGAACUAAUUCGGAACAUCCGGAAUUGCAAAACGGCAGCAGAGGAAAGGUCCGUCGUGGCCAAGGAAUGUGCCCUCAUCAGGACGGCCUUCAAAGAAGAAGACAAUAUAUAUAGACACAGAAAUGUAGCGAAAUUAUUAUUCAUGAAUAUGUUGGGGUACCCAACGUAUUUUGGUCAAAUUGAAUGUUUAAAAUUAAUUGCCUCAAGUAAAUUCUCUUUUAAAAGGAUAGGCUACCUAGGGUUGACCAUCCUACUUGACGAGAAUACAGACAUCCUAAUGUUAGUUACCAAUUCUAUAAAGAAUGAUUUAAAAAAUAGUAAUCAGUACAUUAACGGGCUGGCCUUGUGCGCCCUGGGCAACAUUGCAAACACGGAAAUGUGCUCCUCCUUGAGGUACGAAAUUUUGGAUCUUAUGAAUAUAAAUAAUCCCUACAUUAAGAAGAAGGCAGCCAUGUGUGCAAUUCGUAUUUUAAAAAAAACAAGCGAUAUGGAAGAUCUCUUCGUCGAGAAAAUUAACAGCCUGCUGGAGGAUAGAAACCAUGGGGUGUUAAGUGCGGGCAUCAGUUUGAUGAUAUCCCUAAUAGAAAAAAAUUCCCAGUAUAGGAAGAUCCUCAAGGGGCACACCAACAAAAUAGUCAAAAUUUUGAAGAGUUGCGUCAUGUCGAGUUACUCCCAUGGGGUUGAGUACGACGUGUACGGCAUUAACGACCCAUUUUUACAGGUAAAAAUUUUGAAACUUCUAAAAUAUUUAAAUACAGAAGGGGGAGGCACCUCCAGCGGGGCCAUUGGCACACGAACGGAAGGGCAACCCGAUGAUGCCAUAGAAGGUGUUACGGAUGGUAACACACCCAUAACGCAGGGGAGAAGCAUAACUGGAAGCGACUCAAAUAGUAAGCAGCAUAUGUACGAUAUGGAAGAAGUCAACUCAGUGUUAGCCCAAGUAGCUACAAAUACAGAUUCGGCAAAAAACGUGGGGAACGCCAUCCUAUACGAGUGUGUAAAGACCAUCACGUACAUAUCUACCGACCCAGGGUUGCUAGUCCUAGCUGUGAAUGUACUGGGGAAAUUUUUACAAAACACGGAUAACAACAUCAGGUAUGUGGGGUUAUGCACCCUACAGAAAUUGCUAAAGAAGGACCCGAAAACGUUGCACAUAUAUAGAAAUACCAUCAUAGAGUGCCUGAAGGAUCAAGAUAUAAGCAUCCGGAAAAAGGCCCUCGAUGUGGCAUUCGCCCUUAUAACAAAGGACUCACUAAAGGUGAUGGUGAAGGAGCUGCUAAAUUACCUGCUCGUCGCGGACAUAGAAAUAAAAAGUGACAUCGUCUCAAACAUAUGCGUUGCGGUGAAUAACUACUCCCCAAAUGUGCAGUACCUGCUAGAUACCUACAUCAAAUUGUUGUGUCUAGCUGGGAAUUUUAUACAAGACCACAUCAAAAACGAUUUUAUUUAUCACGUUUUGCAAAAUUCAGAGUUCCACGCCUAUGUUGUUUUUAAAAUAUUCUUUUGCAUAAAGGAGAAUCUAAAUCAGUACGCUCUAGUCCAAGUGGGAAUUUGGUGCAUCGGAGAGUUAGGAGAUUUGCUUGUGCAGGAGGGUAAUAAAAAUGUAGGACCAGAUGGGGAAGCAAUAACCGUCACCCAUGAAGACGUUUUCGAUUUGUUAGAAAAAAUCGUAAAAACGUAUGAAAAAAAUGCCAUUAAAGAGUUACACAAUAUUAAUAUUAAGGACCCCAUACAGAACAUUCUCUACAAUAAAUCCUCCAACAUAUUUGAAGACAUCCAUUUGAACACAGUCAAUUAUGCUCAGACGAGCUAUAACAAUAGUGCCUACAUUUGCUGUAACGUCGCGAGCGAAAGUAUGCACUCCAAUGACAGCAAUGUUAUUUUGCAGUAUGUCCUUAUGUGCCUUAAUAAACUCACCGUACGCUUCCCCACGCAGAAAUUAAAAAUCGAAAAAAUCAUUCAGAAAUAUAAAAAAAAUAAAUGCAUUGAAAUUCAACAGAGGGCUUGUGAAUUUCACGAGUUGAUGAGCACACAGUGGGAUGAUAUAAGGGACUCCAUUCUUCUACGCAUUCCUCCGUGUGCUAAUAGAAAAAUGAACAAGAAGAGACUCCCCCACGUGGAUGACGAUGAUAUUGUGGAGGUCACUCUUGAUGAAGCGAUGGGUAGCCAAGGAGUGCGAGACUCGGGCAUUAUGAAUAAUUCCCCCGCGGAUAUGUACACAGAUAAAGUCAGCACCGCCUGUGUGGACCUCCUAGACCUGGAGGACGUCCUGGGCUUACAAAAUGGAGAUACAAAUCACCCCAGUGUCAUCACAGACGUUCGUAGUGCCACCCCGGACGUUCGUAGUGUCACCACAGAUAUUCGCAGUGUCACCGCAGACGUUCGUAGUGCCCCCACUGCGUUGGAUGCCCUCAACGGAACUCGCCACCUCAGCAUCAACCAAACAGCUGCGAACAAAUUGGACGUCCUAGACAUUUCCGAUGAGGGGAAAAUAUCCAGCACCCACUUGUUACGCAGCCAGGAGUCGAAGGAUAACUCUACUGCAAGGAACGACAAGGGGGUGGAAAUUGCGAAGAAGAAAAAUGAAGACAUACUGGCAGACCUCUUCGGCAAUAUCUCGAUUGAUCAGCCGAAGAGCAGUGCGCAAGGAAACGCCUCCCUGGACCUCCUUUUGGACGACAUGCCGCCGGAGAAGCAAGACGACCUCCUGAGCCUAAACCUGGGAAAUGCCAAAGUACAAAUAGACCCCUUGAAGGUAUACGACAAAAACGGCAUCGAAAUUUGCUUCCACUUUGAAAAAGAAAGCGCAGACUCGGAAGCUGCAACUAUAUGGGCCACCUAUUCAAACAAGUCAGGCGAGUUGGUAUCUUCCUUCGUUUUCGAGGCCGUCGUGCCCAACUACGUGAAACUCGAAAUACUCGCUGCCUCAUCCAGCGAACUCCCACCCGGAGAGGAAAACAAAAUACGACAGGAACUAAAAAUUGUAAACAAGCUCUUCAAGAAGAAGCCGCUCCUGAUGAAGGUGAGGAUAUCCUAUCUGAGGAAUGGGGAGAAGUUCCAGGAUUUCAUUAACAUCGGAAACUUUUCCACUGCUUUGUGA